AUGCGCAGUCAACUAGAAGCGUUGUAUCUCGAGUACGUGGGGGUCUCGUUGGCUCCACUAGGUGAAGACCAGCAGUCGUCUCGCUCGUCUUUGCUGUCUGAAUUCCACGGCCCCAACCCGUUCUCAGACGCCGUGGCCGCUGGACGCGACACUGUCCCUGUCGCCGAGCAGUUAAAAGCGAGUCGCUUGCUUCAACGCCUGUCCCGAGUGAAAGAUCACGAGACAUUCGCGUUGGCUCUGGCGAGGGAGAUGGCAGCGAUGAAGAAUGGAUACGAGCAGCAGCUAGAGGAGCUGCGUGGAGAACUCCGCAAGACGCAGCAACGGCGGCAGCUGACCGGACAGCGACUUCGCACCGAACUUGCGAACGAGCGCAGUCGCAGUCAGCAAAUAGUGGCACAACUACGAGAGCGCAUUGCCGAACUGGAGGCGGCACUGGGAGACCAGGAGAAGGCAUGGAUAGCUAUGCAGACACAGCAGCAGGCGAUCCUCGACCAGCAUGCGGCGGCGACAUGCGACGACGAGCGUCAACGCGCGCUACAGGAGCUGGCGGAGCUCGUGGGAAGUGAUCAGCGGCGUCGCGAGCGUGAGCGACUUUCCAAGCUGUUAGCUUACUGUGGGGCGUCGUCCGUGACUGUGGAGCGCCGAGACCGCGCGCUUGAGGAGGAGACGGUGGACGCGGUCCUGGCAGCGCAUGAAGUGGAUGUUGAAGAGCUGAAUCAUUGA